AUGCUCUCCAGCGCCCGCGCCGCGUCACGCACCCGCACGGUUCUGGUGCUCCGCCCUGUACGCUCAUCUCCUGCCAACAACUUUCCCCCACUCCGCGGAGCACCAGACCGCGGAUCGGGUCCUCCGCCGAUCCGCGUCGGGCUCACGCGAUUCCUCAGCAGGAGGGGAGUGUUGCCACCCGUAGCGAUCGCCGCUGAGCUUAUCCACAGCCGCCAAACGCCCCUCGUCACCCACCCCAACCACCUCCUUUCAAAGAAAGUUUGCUAUGGUUGCUUGCGGUGGCUGGGGAGUGAGGCGUUACCAGGAGGUGACGGGACCGCUGGCAGUUCUUGCUAUUUCUGCAGUGAGGAAUGUAGAGAGCAAUCCAAGGGUUUCUAUGAAGUUGAGAAAAAAGCAGAUUGGUCAUGGUAUAACCACCAUUGCAGAACCAGAGGGCUGAAAUAUCCAUUCAUGGUAAAGCGGUUGGCUUGCAUGGUUAUAUCUAAAUCAACUGCUUCAGACGGUCUCGAUAUACUCCAACCAGCCAGUUUGCUUCCCGAGACAGUUUCACAGAUGGAGGAAGAGUUUGGGCUGCUGAAAGAAACCUUUAUGAAAGCACAGAUUGAGGAUGAGCAGAUGACAUUUCUUACUAAGGAAUGGUACAUUAAUAUUCUGGCGAGAAUUCGCAUAAAUGCAUUUCGCGUUGAACUCGUUGCCAGAUCAUACGAUGAUUUAUUGGCAUCUGCUGCUGCUUCUGUUGAAGCUGAAGCAGCUGUUGGAAAUGCAAUAUAUAUGCUUCCAUCCUUCUACAAUCAUGAUUGCGAUCCAAAUACACAUAUAAUAUGGAUCGACAAUGCAGAGGCAAGACUUAAGGCCCUCCGCGACAUAGAAGCAGGAGAAGAACUCCGAAUCUGCUACGUUGAUGCAAGUAUGGAUGUUGAAGCUCGACAGAGUAUCCUCACUCAAGGUUAUGGUUUCCGUUGCCAGUGCCUUCGGUGCUCCUCUGGGGAUUGAAGAAAGCAAUUUAUUCUCAUUGAUCUCUUUGUCGGCCUUUGGAUUUUUGAUGAACUAAUGUUGCAAAUUGGUCCUUCCAACUCUCAUCUUUUUCUGUAAUCUUUUACAGAAAACUGAAAUUGGAAUGAUACAGAGACUAAUUCUUAGUCUUGAUGCAGGAAGUUGAAGAGGAAACCAGGAAGUGGAUUUUUUUUUUUUCAGAGACUUGAAAAAUUACAGAAUUUUACAAAGUUUGUUAUGGUUGGGUUUGACGUGUGUUGUGAGCUUGUGUGUGUACGUAGGUUGAGGACUGAAAGUAAGGUGAAAAUGUUUAAAAAAUCAUGUCAAAUGUUUUCUUUAAAGACAUUUAUUAAGCU